AUGAGGAGCACGUCGGCGGGCACGCCCAGCACGAGACAGAUGGCGACACGCUGCAGCUCACCGCCCGAGAGCGUCUGCACGUCCUGGUCGAUGAUGCCGUCCAAGUUCAUCGGCUUGAUGACGUCCGAGUUGAACUGGGGGUGCAUGAACAUGGCCUUGAUACGCUUGAGGAGGAGCAUGCGCACAGUACCCGGGAACUUGGGCGAGACUGGGAGACGUUACUCACUUGUCUGGGGCUUCAUCGACACGCGCAGCGAGACCUGGUCCGCCUCGUUGUCCGGCUUGAGCUUGCCGCCCAGGAGCUGGACGAGGGUGGUCUUGCCCAUGCCGUUUUCGCCGAGGAGGACAAUGAUCUCCGAGUCGGAGAACUGGCCAGACUUGACGUGCAGCUUGAAGCCGCCCAGCGUUUUGGUCAUGUUCGGGUAUGUGAGGGUGCGGAUGUUGGGCGCGGCCGUCUCGUCGACUGUCUCGGCGAUGCGGAACGUGAGCGACUCGUCGCGGAAACGCAGGUUCUCGGUGGGAAUCAUGCCGUCGAGGAAGAUGUUGAUGCCCUCGCGCACCGAGUAG